UCUCCAGAAUUUCCCCAUUGCUCAACUUUGUGGCCCAAUUAUACAUGAGAGAGUGAUGUGUGUCUUCGGAGCGUGUUGAACACUGACAUUCUCCAUGAAGAAGCUGUGAGGAAUAGAAUAUAACAUUCUUGUGGCAUCUCUUCAGCUCAACUCUCAGCAUUCUGUAGUGACAUUGAAUAGCUGUUUCCUGCUUGUACAUGACAGUGUCUUUUCUGAUCCCAAACCAAACCACUGCCUGCCCCUUGGUCUUAUAUACUGAUACUGAAUUUCUAUCCAGUUCUACAUAAUUCCAGAAGACAAUGGAAAAGUAUACAGAAUCGCCACCUACCUUAAAGGCAGAGACUUCCUUGUUGAAAGGAGAUAACCUGAUUGUACCAUCACAAAUGCAGCACCCAAAUGAUGAUAACCCCACUUUAAGAGAGCAAGUUGUGCCUGUCCCGAAUACCCCAGUGAUAUCUGUACCCUACUCAGGCAACCAUCUUCCUCAAUUUCAUGGUAAGCCAACCAGUGCCACAGGGUUUCUUGCUCAGGUAACUACCUAUUUGACAGCUCUCAAGAUUUCCAAUCCUGCAGAUGAUGCCCGAGUCAAGCACUUUUUUGACUACCUAUCUCAGCAGAUGCAAAGUUGUGAUGUCGUUUCUGAGUCCAACCAGAGUAAUCUAUUGAAACAAUAUGAAAACUUGCUUCUUGAGUUACAGCAGUCAUUUGGUGAACCCAUGAAACAAGAAAUUACCCUGCCUCUGAAUGUUAAGGUUAACAGUAGAGACAACAAUCAGCAGGAUGCUACUGCUUUCCAAGUUCUUCCUCAAAAUCUGAGUUAUAGUGAGACCAGUCAGAGCAACAACUUCCAAAAGGAACAAACUGAGCCUACCCAGGAUGAAGAAAUCACAGAUAUAAUGAGCAAUCUACCAGAUUUGGUCACUCAGUGCAUUCAGCUAGACAAAAAAUACAAAGACAGGCCAGAACUCCUACAGUCAGAAAGUCAGGUUCCAAUGUUCUCGUCCACAAGCAAUCACCACCAAUCCUUCCUCAGUCCCAUAGGUCUACAAGCCAAGGAUGAGCCCAAGCAAAAUCAGGGAGCCCAACUGCCCGUCACCCCAGCCAAGAGAGCCCGCCAGCAAGAAACUCAGUUAUGUCUUUACUGUAGCCAGGCUGAUCAUUUCACAAGAGAAUGCCUUGCUAAACGUUCUCGAACUCCAGCAAGGAGAAAAAUGUAGCUCACAAGUAAAAGGAGUAUAGGAAAUCACUUUGUAAACACAUAGCCCUUUCACCAUUGGCCUUAGUGAUUUAUUAACUUUCACAAAUUGCAAAAUACAAAUGAGUUGCUGUGACAUCAUCUUAAAAACAAGCACGAAUAUUUAUGUUGCCAGGAAUUUAAACAACUGGAAAUUGUUGGUUGGAAGAUGGCCCCUGACCAAACUUGACACAGCAACAAUGAUGAAGACAACGAACAGGAACUUUCUAGUUAUGGCCAUUUUUUUCAAGAAUUUUGAAAUUUUGCAGAUAAAAGUCUCUCCAGUCUGAGUCACACAUACAAAAUAUUAACACUAACGAUAUAUUGAGUUUCACUUCCUUACCAAUGAAGGGAAAUCUUGGUUGACUCUGAUGGUUCAAGUCCUAUAGCUUGUGUGUCUAGGACAGAGUCCAAAGCUUUUAUCUUCUUUACUGACCUGUGUCUUAGUUAUUUACUUGUUCAGGUUCUUUGCGAUCAUAGUGGCAUCAUCAUAUCCUACCAAUAUUCUUGUCAUUGAGAGACUAGAAUCUGAAUUCUGUUCUGCCUAUUAAUCAGAAUAUAGUGCUGAUACAAGCCAAUCUUACUGGACCUGAAUAUCUACUACCUUUCCAUGAAACUAUAUAUUUUGUUUCCAUCUAAAGACACCUACUUAUCCAACCUGUUGAACUUCUUGACUAUUGGCAAAUCAGAUUUUAUCAUCAUUUGAACUGAGUACUGCUUAAUCACUGGCACCUUUCUUUGAGGAAUAGCCUUUUUGGUAAUUAGCAUACUUUAAAUCCGCCAACCCAAGCUUAGUCAUAUCUAUACUAAUGUUUCUAUUUGAGACUUGAACAUAUCGAUGGCUAAGUCUUAUGGUUUAGGAUAAGAAACAACUAAGUUAUUUGUAAACUGUUGUUUAAGGUGUAAUAUUGUAGUUACUUAACAGCAGCACAUUCUUGCUACCUGAAUAGAGACAAAUCUCCACCAAGAGCUCAUUUUCCAGCCUGCAGUAGUUGUGAUUUUCUAGGCCUCACCAUUUAAAAACACUGCCAAUUGCUACCAAACUAUAUUCUAAUGGACCACCUUUGGGUGUUGUCAUCUAAUUGAGGACAUCAGAAAGCAAUGAGAUGACAUGGAACUUUUGCAACCAACUCAUCUGAAAAACCCUGUGCAUAUACAUUAACACCAUCUGUGCACAAAACUCAAGAACUGGGGUGUUCUUUUGCUUGUCUUGUACUCUUGGCACACAUCAGCUCUGUGUAUAAAUAGAUGGUGUAGAUGAUGCUUCUGCAAAAAGUGGAAUGAUGUGCUAGAAAGGCACAACUUCUUAGAAAUGUUAACAUCUAAUGUUGCUCAGUAUUUGCUGGUAAUUGUCAGUUCUUUGUUCCUUGCUUGUCGGUGCUGAUGUAGUUCUCUGUAAUGGAUCUUCUGAAGAUCACUCAUUGAAUAUUCCUUAGUAGUCACCAAGGUCUCUGAGAACAUGAAGUGCCAUUGCACUUUGGUCUUGAUCCUGGAGAGUUGUGCUUAUUUUUCAAUACUGAAUCCCAUAUUGAGCCUUACUGCUCUCAUCUUGUUGUACCAAGAAUAUCUCUUCAUCCAUCAGUGCCUCACUAACCACUGUGUCAGUCCCUACUUGCAUUCACAAGCACUUAGUUCUUUUGUCAGUAGCUUGUGUUAUAUCUACAUUACUCUUUAAACUGCCAUAGUAAGAUGAUAUGAAUAUACAUACUUGGAUUGUGCUAUGAAAUCCCCUUUGCAAUACUGAGAUUGUAUGAGAAA